AUGUGGGACGAGUCCUUCAGAAGGGUGGGCUUCGCGCUCAUCGAGGGCCACGGCGUGCCAGAGGAGCUCAUCGCCAGAACCCGGAGCGGCGCCCUGGACUUUUUCUCGAAGAGCGAGAAUUACAAGCGCCAUUUCUACCGCGGCGCGGCCCAGACCAGGCGCUCAGGCUACUCCCCGUUCGGCUCCAGCGCUGGAAGACACGAGGACCCCGUGGAGGGCUACACCUUCACGAGGCACAACGGCGUCUCCUGGGGCGUCGACCAGGAGGUGCACCCGACGGAGCUGGGCGAGUUCGGGGAGGAGUAUUGCAGCGAAGUGGAGCGGGUGAUGCACGUGCUCCACCGGAUGAGUGCAAUGGCAUUGGGGCUGGAGCCCGAUUAUUUCGAUCGGUUCUACGAUCCUCCUGCCAGCGUUGUGGGUACUCUCGCUAUCUCUGCCUCUCUCUAUCUCUGUUUAUAUUUCUUUCCCUAA